CAGCAACAGAUAUAAAUAACCACAAAUCUUAGUCAAAAAGUUAGUUCGUCGUUGUAACUAUUGGAACUCAGUGCCUGGUCUAGAGCCUUAAUUGAAUUUUAUCUUGUCUUUUUAAUAACGUUUUAAAUUCUUUGAAUUAUCAUCGAUCAAUUAAUAUUUGUUCAAUUAGACUCGAAUAAAAGUGAAUAAAUUUUUCAGUUUUGAAAAUUUAACGCUUGAAAAGUGAAUUAUUGUUAACGUGUAUUUUGUGAAAAUUAUUGUUGCAUGGAAUAUUGAAUAUUCGUAUUGUGGAAAGUGAAAAAAGUAAUCCACCUCUAAAAAUACUUACCUAUAAAUGUACAAUACAAGUAUUAAAUUAAUUUAAUUAAAUAUUCCUAAAACGAGUAAAAAUAGAAAAAAAAAUAUAUAUAUAACAAAAAAUUUAUUCAAAAAUAAACAACAAACUAAUAUACAAACAAACUUUAUAUUUUUGUUUUUAUAUGUAUGUAAUAUUUUUAUAAAUAUUAUUAUUUGAUGUAAUAUUUUCUUUACAAGGAAGUGUAACACUAUUAAAUUGUAACUGUUUUUAUAUCACAAGUGAACAGAAAAUAUUUUAUAAACAAUUUGAACAUUUAAAACAAAGAAAUUUUUAAUUCAAAUACAUAUUAAAUUCAAAAAUAAAGUAUUUAUAAGAGGAAAUUCUUUAUAAAACUUCGUGCGCAUUAAUUAAAUACGAAAUCAUUGAACGCUAUUGAACUGUUUUAAAUUGAAAAAAAGAAAAAGUUUACGCGAACUUGUUUAUCAUCUUAAUAAACUUAUUGUUAUCUGAUCCAAUUUUUGUUUCUUAAGGAUGAUCAGAAGAGUAGGAGUAUGUUUUCUAAUUCUACUGGCAGUCAGUAGUAAAACAUCAAGUGUUAAAGUGUCUACCACUGGCUAUCAUAUAGUACACAACGAACACAAUGGUAACGGUUUUCACGGUUAUAAAUAUUCUGCGUCAGCACCACCUCUGGCAUUGCCGUUAACAGGCAAUGAUGUACCUAUAAGUUUUGGGCCGACUUCUCCAGCACCGGCAAAUCCCUUCGCAUCAGGCGGUAAUCCGUUAUAUGGUCCACGUUAUCCACAACCCGGUCGAGCAUCAUGUGCCCAACCUCCCGCAUUUUGUGAAAAAUCGGCAUAUCGUACCCUCGACGGCUCGUGCAAUCAUUUAGAACAACCACAAUUGGGCAUGGCCAAUCAACGUUAUGGACGUCUACUUUCACCAAAAUACUCAGAUGGUGUUUCAGCCCCAACUAGAUCAAUAACUGGACAAGAUUUACCUAAUGCUCGAUUAGUGUCACUGGUGGUAUUUGGCGAGAUGGACGUACCAGAUCCAGAUUUUACUCUAGUCAAUAUGCAAUGGGGUCAGAUAAUAACACACGACAUGUCUAUGCAAGCUGGUGGCACACAAUCGAAAAAACAUCCCACACGUUGUUGCACUGACGAUGGCCGUCUUGUUGGAAACGAACAGGCUGACAAGACAUGUUUUGCUAUUUUAGUGCCUCCUCAUGAUCCAGCCUUUUCACAAGUUGGCACUGAAUGCUUAAAUUUUGUACGCACUCUAACGGAUUUGGAUGCCAAUUGUCCCGACAAUCAUGGAGGUCCAGCAGAACAACUUACAGUCGUUACGGCCUAUAUGGAUUUAUCAUUGGUUUAUGGCAAUUCUAUACAACAAAACAGUGAAAUAAGAGCUUUCCAAGGUGGACGGAUGAUUGUUGAAGAACGUAAUGGUGCUGAAUGGCUGCCAUCAUCACAGAAUGUCACAGGCGAUUGUGAUGCUACUGAAAUCAACGAAGUUUGUUAUAGAGCUGGCGAUAUUCGUGUUAAUCAAAAUCCAGGUCUAACAAUUUUACAGACCAUUCUUCUUCGAGAACAUAAUCGUAUUGCUGACACUUUAGCCAAACUUAAUCCCCAUUACGAUGAUCGUACACUGUUCCAGGAGGCUCGUAAAAUCAACAUUGGCCAAUAUCAGCACAUUAGCUAUUAUGAAUGGUUACCCAUAUUCUUGGGAGCCGAAAAUAUGUUCAAGAAUCGUUUAAUUUAUAAAGUACCAGAAAAUACUCAUAUCAAUGACUUCGAUUCCAGUAUUGAUCCAUCAGUUUUGAAUUCACAUGCGACAGCUGCAUUCAGAUAUUUCCAUUCACAAAUUGAAGGAAGAUUAGAUUUAUUAUCAGAACUUCGAUCUGUUUUGGGCUCUUUACGUUUAAGUGACUGGUUUAAUCGACCUGGUAUCAUAGAAGUUGGCGACAACUUUGAUUCACUAACACGCGGUCAUGCCACUCAGCCAGAGGAAUUAACAGACAUUAACUUUGAUCGAGAGAUUAAGCACUUUUUAUUUAGACGCAAUAUGCCAUUUGGAAGCGAUUUGAGAGCUAUAGAUAUUCAACGUAAUCGUGACCAUGGUCUCGCCUCCUAUAAUGAUUUUAGAGAGUUUUGCGGCUUGAGACGAGCUCACAGCUGGGAGGAGUUUGCCGACCUUAUUGAUCCACAAAUAAUUGAGAAACUAAAGAAUUUAUAUGAAAGUCAUGAAGAUGUCGAUGUUACGGUUGGUGGUUCACUUGAAUCUCAUGUUGCUGGAGCUUUAGCUGGACCAACUUUCCUUUGUAUAUUAACCGAACAGUUCUAUCGUACACGUGUGGGUGACCGUUUCUUCUUUGAGAAUGGAGAUAAAUACGCCGGUUUUACUCCAGAUCAAUUAGCUGAAAUACGAAAAGCAAGUAUGGCUCGUCUAUUGUGUGACAAUGGUAACAAUAUCGCAUCCAUGCAGCCACAAGCCUUCUUAUCUAUUUCAAAAUCCAAUCCUGUUGUGCCAUGCUCUAAUAUACCACAAGUAGAUUUAACGAAAUGGAUUGAUCAGAAACCAUAUUUGGCAGCCGCCCCCACACCUCAUCAUGGUUUUGGAAAAUAAUAAAAUACAUACAUACAUACACACGUAGUUGUAAAUCAAUUGUAUUAAGGUGCGCUCACAUACUUGCGAUUUGUAUACUUUUUCCUGAUUCUCUAGCUGAAGACAUUUCAAACUUCGAAGGCCACUUUAUGUAUGAUAUUUUUUAUUUAAUUUUUCUGUUUAAUUAUUUUAUUCUAAAUAUAAAAUUAUAAAUUUUCAAACGUCUUGUUUUUAUAUUGUAUAUUUAGCAUUAACAACUUACUACCACACCAUGUAUCAGCAUUAUUAUUAUUUGUUUUUAUUUGUUUUAGUUUCAAUUGUAAAUAUUAAUUUAAAUAAGAAUUACAUCAAAAUAUAAAUUUUUUAUGUACAAAAUAAA